UUUGAAUAGCUUUUUAGACCGUUUCAUUCUCUCUCUUGUUCUCUUCCUCUCUCGCUUAAAUCUUUAUCUGGAUUGACUUCGAAGAGGUAUUUGCAGAUCCAUCGGUUUCUCUCCAACUUUACUUCGAAAUUUGAAUCUGCAAAUGCGUAUCGUUGUCAUUGCAGCAUCGUUUCUCUAUCCGAGAUUCUCAAUUCGCGCUUUGAAGCUCAGUUUGCCUGUGUCUUGGAAGGAUACUAUCGUUACUUGUUAGGGAGGAUUAUAAUGAUUUGGAGAUCAUAUUCUGGAGAGAAUCGCUAUCUAGUGGGCAUUGGUCUAUGCAGCUUUAUUUGUCAAUCGAACAAUGGAAAGUGACAGGAUAACUUCUACUCCAUCAGAUGGGUGCAGUGAUGGCAUUCAGAGGAUGCGACCUCUGCAUGGGAGGUCUAGUGGCCCUACAAGGCGUUCUACAAAGGGACAAUGGACAGCAGAAGAAGAUGAGAUUUUGCGUAAAGCUGUCCAGCGGUUCCAAGGGAAGAACUGGAAGAAAAUAGCGGAGUGUUUCAAGGAUAGGACUGAUGUGCAGUGCCUGCAUAGGUGGCAGAAGGUUUUGAAUCCAGAACUCAUAAAAGGUCCAUGGUCAAAAGAGGAGGACGAAAUAAUAAUUGAAUUGGUGCACAAAUAUGGGCCGAAAAAAUGGUCAACCAUUGCUCGACAUUUACCUGGACGUAUUGGAAAGCAAUGCCGAGAAAGGUGGCACAAUCACCUUAAUCCAGCCAUCAACAAAGAGGCCUGGACGCAGCAAGAGGAGUUGGCAUUAAUUCAUGCCCAUCAAGUUUAUGGAAAUAGAUGGGCAGAGCUAUCCAAAUUCUUGCCGGGAAGGUCAGACAAUGCUAUAAAGAAUCACUGGAACAGUUCUGUAAAGAAAAAACUGGAGUCCUACUUGGCAUCAGGUCUACUGGAUCAGUUUCCAGCCCUGCCACUUGCUGCAAAUCACCAUCAAUCCGUUCCUGCAUCUUCAUACAGGAUGCAGAGUAGUGGCGAGGAUAGUAGUCAUAGAUCUGGCAGGGAAGCCGAAGAAAUAUCUGAAUGCAGUCAAGAUUCAAAUUUUGUUGGUUACCCUCAGUCUGCAGGUGACUUGGUAAAUGCGGUUAUACAUACAAAAGAGGAAUUCCAGUUGGCUGAAGAGUCUGGCCUACAAAAGCAUAGCUCCAGUCCAGCCUCUUUUCAAAUCCAGGACAUACCUUUUGAAGCGGGUUGCUCUUCCAGCUUUCUUGGGCAGAAUCUCUCAUGUGAUUCUGGAAGUUCUGCAAGUAGGGAUUACCAGUUUAAUUUGCAUGAAUUGCCUAAUAUAUCUUCCCUGGAACUCGGGCAGGAAUCAUCAGGGGUGCCAACUCACUGUACAGGUGCUAAUGCAAGCCACAAAGUGGUGAAUGCUACCUUUCAAACUUCGCUAGGGUUAAGAGCUCCUGCUUCCAUGGAAAAUUUGGCCGUAAAUCCUGCUAAACGGGGGCACGUGCUCAUAUUCGAUGAUGAAUGUUGCAGAGUCCUAUCCUCAGGGGCAAUGAAUGGUGGAUGCUUUUCCUCUGCGAGUCUUACCAAAGGUUCAAGUGUGGUUGACUUGGUUUCACAUUCAGAUUCAUUACUUUGCCAACCAUCGAACUUCCAAUCAUCUGAAAGCGGCAGAACUUCGGCCUCAAGGUCAUACUAUCCUUCAAGGUCUGCUGUACUGCAAACUUCAUGCUGUCAACCUUCUCUUUCUGUUCCUUCACUGCUUACAGCGGGUGAAGAUACCCUUGUAUAUGCCAGGGAAGUUGAUCAGUUGAUUGGUCAUCCUUUCGGAAUUCAAGAGGAAGACUUCGUUUCAGGAGAAACUGAUGGCUUUAUAUAUACCAAUGAUCCUACGAACCCCCUUUCUGGUGAUGGUGCAGAUAACUCUGGCCUGCAAGAGCAAACUUUUGAGAUAAGGGAACCUUCAAAACUUGUUCCUGUAAACUCAUUUUGUUCAGGAUCAGAUAUAAUGCAAACUUGUCCUCCUGUCGAUGAAAAACCCAGUGUGCUUACAGAACAGGAGGAUGGAGGAGCUCUAUGCUAUGAGCCUCCUCGUUUUCCAAGCGUAGAUGUUCCUUUCUUUAGCUGUGAUCUCAUACAUUCUGGAAGUGAUAUGCAGCAAGAGUACAGUCCUCUGGGUAUUCGACAGUUGAUGAUGUCCUCUAUGAACUGCAUCACUCCAUUUAGGUUGUGGGAUUCACCAUCUCGAGAUGGUAGCCCUGAAGCUGUCUUGAAAAGUGCUGCUAAAACUUUUACAGGAACUCCAUCCAUUUUGAAGAAACGAAACCGCGAUUUAUUGUCACCUUUGUCAGAUAGAAGAGCAGACAAGAAGCUGGAGAUUGACGUGACAUCCAGUUUGAGCAAAGAAUUCUCUCGUUUGGAUGUUUUGUUUGACGAUAGUGGGACCGACAAAGAAUCUCCAAUGUCUUUAUCAUCUAACCAUAAAAGGAACUCUGUGGCUUCCAUUGAUGAUAAAGAAAAUAUGGAUCCUGCUUUAGAAGCUGGACAAGAGAGCCAGAAAAAUCAUUCUUCUACUUCAAAUACUAGCUUUUUGGACAAAGAUUUCAAGAGUGAUAAUUUUCAGGAGAAAAUGACGCAAAGGGAUGUUAAAACCAACGUUGAUCCUGAUACUAGUCCUGGAAGUGUACAACAGCAAUGUGGGGUUCUUGUUGAGAUAAAUGGUCCUGAUAACUCAGAUGAUAGAAUAGCAGCCGAGCAUUUUGAGAGAGUUAAUUCUGAAAACAAUAUAAAGCAAGGGAUCACUGAUACUGAUGGUAAAACUAACCUUGAUCCUGAGGCUAGUGCCCAAACUGUAGAGCAGCAUUGUGGAGUUCUUGAUGAACAUAAAAAGAAUGAUCUGUUAAUUAUUUCUCCUGACCAAGUUGCAUAUAAAGUAGAAAAAGGAUCUGGCUCCAGUGCUCAAACACCAAGAAACCGAUACAAUAAGAGGUUGGGAGCUUCAUCUGGAAAUCCAUGUCUAGUUGUUUACUCUCCUUCUGGUUGCAGGAAGAAUCUUGAUAGUCACCCAAAAGCGGUUACAUCAGCACAUCAUGUUCCUCCAUCUCUACCAUUAGAAACUAUGGUCAACAAUGUUGGGAAUGAAAACUCUGGAAUAUUUGGUGAAACUCCAUUCAAAAGAAGUAUCGAAUCCCCUUCUGCGUGGAAGUCCCCGUGGUUCAUCAACUCUUUUGUUCCUGGGCCAAGGAUUGAUACAGAUAUAACAAUUGAGGAUAUUGGGUAUUUUAUGAGUCCAGGCGAGAGAAGCUAUGACGCCAUUGGGUUGAUGAAACAGUUAAGUGAGCACACUGCAGCUGCAUAUGCAGAUGCCAUGGAGGUCCUAGGAAAUGACACUCCAGAAACAAUAUUAAGGCGAAAAUCUGCCAAUAUGCAGAAUCUCAACCAAGAGAAUCACAUGGCACAUAAUGACACAGAGAACAGGCCCCACUUGGCUUCAAAUGUUUUGAGUGAAUGUCGUGUCCUUGACUUCAGUGAAUGUGGGACUCCUGGGAAGGAAGCAGAAAAUAAGAAAUCCUCGACUGCUGUAAGUCCCUCUUCCUAUCUAUUGAAGGGUUACAGAUAGUGUGG